GAAAAUUCUAUAUUUACCUCACUAAUAAUCCAAGAAAAAAAAUGAAUGUAUCGGAAGAGGAUAGCACCAAAACGCCAACACGAAGCCUUAACUUAGGGUGGCCCCCAUAGCUACACUCAAUUAUUUUGAAACAAGGUUACUUUGGGCAAAGUUGCCUUUUUAAAGAACGAUAUUUGUGGCGACUAUUUGUUUAAGAAUUAAAAGUGGUCAGUUUUUGGUUCUAAUAUAGAUUGUCCUUGUAAUGAAAAUAAAUAUUUUAAACCUAUUACAAGACUACUCAUGCAUGUUCUAUGUUUGGCCACGUGCAGACUCCACUGAUGACGUUAUCAGGUCACACAGAAGCCAUCUCAAGCGUGCUGUGGGUGGAUAACAACACGGUGUGCAGUGCAAGCUGGGAUCACUCUAUUCGCAUCUGGGACCUUUCGGCUGGGGUCAACAAACAAACUCUGGUGUGUUUAUAGACUUUACAGACCCUUUUUUCCCCCGUUAGACGGUCUCAAAUGCACGAGUGUAACCUGGAGAAGAGUAUCAAAUGUACCUUGGAGGCAAAGGCCGGAUGUGAGGAGGCCUAUUUUUCACUCCUCCCUUCCCCCACCACUGGAAAGAACCCGACGCCCUCCACCUCGUAAUCUACGAGCAAGAUCUCCUGGGGGUAUGGGAGGCGGAGAACUUGUUUGCCGGCUAGCCACCUCGGUACCUUUGAAACCAAGAUGGCUGCAAGUAACAGUAAGCGGUCGACCUCGAUGAUCUUAAAGAGAAAUAGGGGACCGUAAACAAUCUAGUUAGUGUGUCAACAUGAUGUUAAUACCUCAGGGUACUCAAACAAAACUGAAACAAAUUGCUUUUAAAACCAAAGUAGUAAUUACUGCUGUUCUUUUUUAUUUCGCGUUUUUUUUUCAGAAUGGAUCAAAGGUAUUUUGCAGCAUUUCGUACUCUCCUUUAUCAAAACUUCUGGUUUCUGGAAGCACUGAUCGACAUGUCAGACUCUGGGAUCCUAGAAUGACUGGUAAGUCAGGAAGAAAAUGUAAAUAUUUUAACUAAACUAGUAAUAACCAAAGCUUGUUGGGUGCGGGCGACAACGAUUGAAAGUGGAACCGCUUUUGCUCAAACGCUGUGCUUUGCGUAAGUUUCACAUGAUAGAUGGUCAAAACACUCGUGAUCACAUUGCGAGUGUUAGAAGGUCCAAACGCGCUGAUCAAAUUGCGUUCUGUGCACUCCAUUCAUUCGUAGUGGAAGUCCAAACGAAUGCUGGUUACAAACAUGCAACGCAUUCGUAAUAACAACCUGGAGAUUAGGAUUGAAGGCUCCUCUUGUCUCCCGUAAUAACAAUUAUGUUAACAAAAGUAAUUACCGGGCCUGGAAAGCUGUAUUUUUAAUAAGGCAUGCUUCAUGCUACGGAAACCGGUAUAAGCUCCGGCCGUGUGGGCCUUUGGCUCGUGUGCGCCUUUACCUUUUAUUUAGGCUACCACCCGGAAUAUUGGCCGAACAGUUAUUUACAAUAAUCACUGAAUGCUUGAAANGCACGAGUGUAACCUGGAGAAGAGUAUCAAAUGUACCUUGGAGGCAAAGGCCGGAUGUGAGGAGGCCUAUUUUUCACUCCUCCCUUCCCCCACCACUGGAAAGAACCCGACGCCCUCCACCUCGUAAUCUACGAGCAAGAUCUCCUGGGGGUAUGGGAGGCGGAGAACUUGUUUGCCGGCUAGCCACCUCGGUACCUUUGAAACCAAGAUGGCUGCAAGUAACAGUAAGCGGUCGACCUCGAUGAUCUUAAAGAGAAAUAGGGGACCGUAAACAAUCUAGUUAGUGUGUCAACAUGAUGUUAAUACCUCAGGGUACUCAAACAAAACUGAAACAAAUUGCUUUUAAAACCAAAGUAGUAAUUACUGCUGUUCUUUUUUAUUUCGCGUUUUUUUUUCAGAAUGGAUCAAAGGUAUUUUGCAGCAUUUCGUACUCUCCUUUAUCAAAACUUCUGGUUUCUGGAAGCACUGAUCGACAUGUCAGACUCUGGGAUCCUAGAAUGACUGGUAAGUCAGGAAGAAAAUGUAAAUAUUUUAACUAAACUAGUAAUAACCAAAGCUUGUUGGGUGCGGGCGACAACGAUUGAAAGUGGAACCGCUUUUGCUCAAACGCUGUGCUUUGCGUAAGUUUCACAUGAUAGAUGGUCAAAACACUCGUGAUCACAUUGCGAGUGUUAGAAGGUCCAAACGCGCUGAUCAAAUUGCGUUCUGUGCACUCCAUUCAUUCGUAGUGGAAGUCCAAACGAAUGCUGGUUACAAACAUGCAACGCAUUCGUAAUAACAACCUGGAGAUUAGGAUUGAAGGCUCCUCUUGUCUCCCGUAAUAACAAUUAUGUUAACAAAAGUAAUUACCGGGCCUGGAAAGCUGUAUUUUUAAUAAGGCAUGCUUCAUGCUACGGAAACCGGUAUAAGCUCCGGCCGUGUGGGCCUUUGGCUCGUGUGCGCCUUUACCUUUUAUUUAGGCUACCACCCGGAAUAUUGGCCGAACAGUUAUUUACAAUAAUCACUGAAUGCUUGAAACCUCUCUUCCUCUUUCAGACGGAGCGGUAGUAAAAAAUACUCUAACGUCACAUCAAGGAUGGGUGUCUUCAGUGGCCUGGUCACCAAGUAGCGAGUUCGAACUGAUUUCUGGGUCAUAUGACAUGACAGUAAAACUCUGGGAUACACGUAGGUUAGUAAGCUAAUACCGGGUGUUAUUUUUCCUUAUUAUUGAGCUUAAAUGUCAUAAAGUUUGCAAAAUCUGAAAAAAGGAGGGAAAAUCAAGUCCUUUAGCGCAUAAGUUAAGUACAUAUGGUUGCAUACGUAGAUUGCAAAGUUUUCCAAGCUUUGAGAUAUAUUCAACUUAAUCGAAAAACUUAAAGCGCAUCUCUUUUUAUUAGGCUGAAUGCUCCGCUGUACACAAUGACCGGACACCAAGACAAAGUCAUGUGCGUAAGCUGGACUCAACAAAAAGUAGGUGUUGUGAGAUUUGAUUACUUCUGACCAUGUUUCGCAUAAAAAAUACUAAAAAGCGUUCUCCACACAUAGGCACACUUGCUCUAAGAAUAGCUCACGUUCGAUAUAUUAAAAUUCUAACAUGACUCUGAGGAUUCUGGUCAUUUUUCUAUAUUUGGCAUGGUUUUCUUUGUGCUCAAGUCUCUUCUGGGAAUUGCGGGACAAUGGUGACUUGAAAUAUUUGCAAUUUUGCCCCUUAAGCCCCGGAGUCAUGUUAGAAUUUAAUAUAUCGAACGUGGGCAAUUUCUUAUAACAGUGGCUAUUCACCAUUUGGUUAUUUUUUUGCUAUCAGGAAAUUAUUUAACGAACCCUUAAGUUACAAACCCAGUGAAAUCAUCCCAGCUAUGGACGUCAAGUUUUAUCUUUUUUUUGUAUCAGUAAAAUUUUAAACGAAAAUAUUCGACUUCCGAAUGUCGCUUUCGUGGUAAAUUUCUUAGAAAUGAACUUUUCAGUGCAUUUCUUUGGCUUUGCUGUUGUGUGAUUAGGCAUUUUUUUACAUUUCUUCCAGUCAAUCUUAAGUGGUGGUGCUGAUAACCAGUUGAUAAUUUACGAUAUUUCCGGAGGAGGCUGGAGAACAACAGACAGUGAGAUGGAAUAUCAGUCUGCGGACACCACGUGACCAGAAAAAUAAUGAGAAAGCAUCCUUUUUGUCAGCCAUCCUUUUCAAUGGUUAAUGGUUACCAACAACGAAUCUGUCUUUACCGACGUGAAACAUAUGGACGUAUUUUUUAUCGUUUUCCGUCAACGUACCGAGGAAGCCAAACUUUACAACGAUUCUUGCAGA